UUGAGUGGAAACUCGUCACCGCCCGUUGCCAUGGCAGCGGCGGGAGGUGACGUCACGUCAACAGCGAAUGACGUCACCGCGCAACGCGCCUCCUUAGCAACCGGCUCUAGCGACCAAGAUGGGUUUGCUGUCCAUCCUACGUAAACUGAAAAGUGCUCCUGAUCAGGAGGUUCGCAUACUCCUCUUAGGACUUGACAAUGCAGGAAAAACCACUCUACUCAAGACGCUUGCAUCAGAAGACAUAACGCACAUUACCCCAACUCAGGGCUUUAACAUCAAGAGCGUGCAGUCGCAAGGAUUCAAGUUAAAUGUGUGGGACAUCGGCGGACAGAGGAAAAUUAGACCUUAUUGGCGAAACUACUUUGAGAACACUGAUGUGCUGAUUUAUGUGAUUGACAGCGCAGAUAGGAAAAGAUUUGAGGAAACAGGGCAGGAAUUGGCCGAACUCCUGGAAGAAGAGAAGCUGAGUGGCGUGCCUGUGCUCGUUUUUGCCAACAAGCAAGAUUUGCUGACGGCCGCACCAGCUUCUGAGAUCGCUGAGGGGCUCAAUUUGCACACCAUUCGCGACCGCGUCUGGCAGAUCCAGGCCUGCUCAGCCUUGACGGGGGAGGGUGUGCAGGAUGGGAUGAACUGGGUAUGUAAAAAUGUUAAUGCGAAAAAGAAGUGACUCAACCAUACGCAAAGCACUGUUGCCCACAUGUACAAGGUAACCUCACUCAUCCAGUUUGAAAAAGUUUGUUUUCGUUUUGUUGUAAAUUGUAGAAUUAUGAGACUGAGAGAUGUAAUUUCUAUUGCUCAUGGAAAGGUAAUCUUUAAAAACUAUUUACUAUAAAUGAUGCAACACAAUUUAUCAUUCCCAUAUGUGAUGAAAAGAGUAGAAAGGGUAGAGAGUUUGACAUGUACAAUUAACAUAUUUUUUUCUGCAUAUCUGUACAAUAAAGUUCUUUUGACAAUUAUGGACAUGUUUUAGAUAAGGCUUUGUACACCAGGACAUUGUACGCAGUUUUGUCUGCUAUCCUCCGUUUUAUGUUCAGCGUUUUGUGGUUGGUGGGGAUAGGGGCUAUUCUGCUGGCAAUUAAAAGUCAACUAUUUAAAAUGGCAACUUCGGUUCUACUUGCAAUAUGAAAAUUUAUCCAAAAAAUGUAUUUAUCUAUUCACUAGCAUUCUAGUUAUUGUGGAGUGCAAUCCAUUUUGGUGGUUUGUUCAUCUUGACAUUACAACAGUGCGUAAUUGAGAAAAACACUAAAUCGUAGGAAUACUAGUAACAUGUUUUAUUUGUUUAUUGGAAUUACAAUAUAAGAAGUUAUGAUCACCCCACACAGUAAAUAUCUGCUUUACAUAUUUCAUUAUGAACUGUUUAUGCUGGUUGUCAUCUAUUUAUGUUCUGGAUCAAUGGAAGUAAAGUACAGUAGUAUGAUUUGUGUACCCAUUUGGGUGCAUUUCUGCAACUUAAUAAAAAGUGCACAAUUUU